UAUUUAUGCUAGCAUCACCUUAAAAGAAACGAAAAUAUUCAAAUCGUAAAAAAUUAAAUCAAAUUUAAAUCAUUGCGAACGUUCCGGUAUCGAAUCAGCUGUUGCAAGUGCGGUAUUACGUGACACAUUUCUAAUUUUAGUUGUUUACUUUUUGUAACGAGCGCCGACCUCACCAAGGGAGAAAUAGAAGACGGAAUAUGAUUGGUUCGGCAAUUUGACCUAUAUUUUAGUGCUGGUUGUGAAUAAUUGGGUCACUCAGUCAUGGAGAGUUCACAUACACGAGAUAAUUGACCGACUGUCUAAAUUGAAGUGAGGACCCGGGGACAUAAACACCCUCCUUCUCAAGGUUCCCCAUCUUACAUCGACCCAGCAGCUGUAGAUGGUGAAUCAAGGGAGUCCUAACAUGGAUUGAAACUCGAUCCGUGAAAUGGUCUAACUUGAGUCCUACCUGGAAAGAAACUUAACUUAAAGACCUAUUUCAGCAUAAUAUGACAACGAUGGGAAAAGAAGCAAGUUUGGAUGGAUUAGAGUUUGAUGGGGACACUGUACUGUGUAGAGUAUGUGGAGAUAAAGCCAGUGGGUUUCAUUAUGGAGUGCACGCUUGUGAAGGAUGCAAGGGGUUUUUCCGCCGCAGUAUACAGCAAAAGAUACAGUACCGACCAUGUCUUAAGAAUCAACAGUGCAAUAUCAUGAGGGUCAACAGAAAUCGCUGUCAGUACUGCAGGUUGAAGAAAUGCAUUGCAGUUGGAAUGUCUCGAGAUGCUGUACGCUUUGGUCGAGUUCCAAAGAAGGAGAAAGCUCGCAUCAUUGAACAAAUGCAGAAAAACACGAUGCACUCGCAGACCAGUCAGAUGAUGACGAUGUUUCAGAACAGCCGGGAUCUCAUUCAGGCCAUCGUAACGGCUCAUCACCACACGUGUGUCUUCACACACGGCAAUGUACGACAAAUGAGGGAAGACGCCAUCAAGAAUAACAACUUUGUCAACUGCCCUGCUCAAAUGGCCUGCCCUCUGAACGGUAACGUAACACAAUCCUCGGAGGACACACAGGGCUGGUCGGAUAUGUCCGAGUUCUUUACGCCUGCCAUCAAGUCCGUCGUAGAUUUUGCCAAAGCUAUUCCUGGAUUCUGCUUUCUAAGCCAAGAUGAUCAAGUGACUCUGUUAAAGGCAGCUACAUUUGAGGUUCUGCUGGUGCGCAUGGCAUGCCUCUUUGAUCCCGAAUCCAAUACAAUGAUGUUCACCUGUGGCAGAAUGUUCAAAAGAGAAGUCUCACAGACAACAAGCAGUGCUGGUUUCUUGCUUGACUCAAUGUUCGACUUUGCUGAUCGCUUCAACAAAUUAAACCUCACGGAUGAAGAAAUUGCUAUAUUUUCUGCCAUUGUUCUCCUCUCUCCAGACCGGCCUGGCCUGAGAAAUGUGGAGCAGUUGGAAAGCUUCCAGAUGAAGCUGACUGAGUGUCUACAGUCCAUGAUUACAGCCAAUCACAAAGAAGAUAACACACUGUUUGCCAAACUCUUGAUGAAAACAACGGACCUACGGACUCUUAAUACUCUUCACUCUGAAAAAUCAAUUGGUCAAAACGAGAAAAAUGGAUCAGAUAAAUCACUGGACCAGACUACUGCCAACAUGGACAUGAAUGAUCAAGUGGAUUCAUCAAUAUCAGAGGGAUCAACUGUAUCAGACAACUCUUCUAUCCCCACAAGUCUGUCAGGAGCUACUGGCUACGACUCUGGCAUCUUUGAAGGAGUACCCAUAGUUCCUCAGCGUCACUCCUUGGAGACAACACAUCCCCACUUGGUACUUAAAACACCAUAUGGAACUUUUUAUCGAGAGGAUUCACUUGGAUACUAUGGCCUGGUAUCAGAUCAGCCAAUCAGAAGGUGUCACACACUGGAAAGAGAUACUCUCUCCAGGCCGCGACUGCACACAAUCGAAGAGCGUAGACGAUACACACUGGACAAGGAGUACAUGGACAGAAAGGUUCACACCCUCAGUGAGAGAUUUCAGAUGGAAAAAGCAGCACUGCGUGGAAACAGCAUGCCCCCUUCUCUAGCAGGCAGUGCUGCCUCAAGCCCCAUUCCUCCACAGUUCUUUCUGGACACUAGAAGUCCAGAGCUAAAACCUGUCACGUCUACAGAAUCUCAUAGUGCAAAUAACAGCUUAAGAGGAAGCCCCAUGUUCAGUUCAGAUAACUUUAUUCCCAUUCCUUCAACGUCUCCAAAACCAGGAUCCCCCAAUUUCAGAUCUCGCUCAGGAUCCAUGGGUAUGGAUGAUUAUUCUCAAUUGCGUCCAAGGUGUUACAGUUUCCAUAUGAACAGUGAGGGUAAGGCGGCCCGCGACCCCUCCAGAGAAGCUCUGCAGGAGAGUUACACAAUGUCAGCGGAGAUGAGGCGAGGCAGUGUUGGGGCAGUGUACGGACUCCAUCACAAGAAGAAGUCCUUGCUGGUGGAUCGCCACCCUCGCUAUCUGUCACGACUCUCUGACUCCAUCGUCAAGAGAGUGGAUAAAAUUAAGAGCCAGGAGACUAAGAAAAUGUCAGAUUCUUAUGAAAAUCUGCCAGCUGUUCAGCUCCCCGUUCAGCCGGAGCAGGUCACUUGGCUCCCUCCCUCCACUUCUAGUCAAGUGUCUGCUGCAGCAGGAGCUCCCCCUACCCAAACUGUAGACCAGAAAAAUCCAGAUCCAGCCAGCACAGACCAGCCACUUCCUGGCUCCCCUGUCGCUAUGGACAUGGAUGAUGAUCAGAGUGUGGAUAAUCAAGAAUCCAGUUCUGUUUUCCACAAAAAGUUUGACAAACUGAGGAAGCAUUUGAUUCCUACGGAUAAUGAAGAGUCUGAGAGAAAGUCCAAGGAGGAAGAAGAAGUGAUGUUGGAUGAAGACACCAACGCCUCCACUCAAGACAACUUCAUCAAUGAAAGAAAUGAUGAAUCCCAAUCAAUGGAUGACAUACCAAACAAAGACUUGGAGAAGUUACAUAUUAAUGAUGACAUCAAAGAUAAGAAGACCAAGUCUGCAGUGGAGAGCCAUCCUCAGCUUCUGGCACACCUAAACUCAAGCACUCCCAGUCUGCAGAUGGGCUUCUUGAAGCUUCCACUUCAGGUGUCUCCCAAACAAACAACGACAGCUUCAUCGUCUCAAGUCUUGCUGAAUAUUCCCAAAGUCAGUGGCAGGCCAUCUACUGUCGCCAAAGAACUGCCCACUCUUGCUUCUCAGCUAAACAGUGCUCCUCUUAGCCAUGCUUCUCCUUUCAGUCGCCUUGUGGAUCAGAGCAACCGCAGAGACAACAUGCACUUGGAGACAAUGAGCCACCUGAAGGACAAACUCAUGCGCAAGUACGACAGUAUGGAAAACUUGGACAAAACUGGUCAAGUCCCACCUCAUCAGUCCCAGCAGGCCAGUGAAAACGACAAGCACCCCCCAAAGAUCUCAUCCUCAGCCUCUUCCCCAAACAUCCCUGCCAGGCUCUACCCACCAGGCAUGUGUUCUGACAAUGUCAGUGGCAUGUUUUCUCAGACGGGGAUGCCUCACAUGCAUCCAGCCUUCAUGGGAUCAUCUGGAUCCGGAUUUGUUCCCAGGAUGUUCAUUAUGCCUGGUUACAAUCAGCACCUGGCGGGAAUGCAGCAGUUAGCGCAGAUUUAUGCUAAAAGUGUCGAUCAAGAGAGAAGAAAGGACCAAGUCCAUUUGCAAAGUUCUGAUGGAAGUGAAGAAGGAGACAGAAAAACUCAUGAGGGAAACUACGGUCCAGAGCCAACUUUAGAGCAAAGAAUUAAAACAGAAAUGAACUGAGGUUACCUUUACAAAUUGAGAUGCUUGCAGAUCACCCAUGGAGUUUUGUCAUCACCAACACCUUUUCAAAAGCUUCUCUGUUUGACUUUUUGUCUCAACUUUCAUCAAAGUGCUAACUGGUCCCCCGUCUUUUCUUGGGAUCAACUGGUAUCCAUCCCCUCAAAUUGAUUCAGCAGUGCUGACAACUAUGUAUUACAUGUAGUGUAACUUAGAUACCGAUUGUACAUAUGUGUUUAACAGUGAGAAUGAUCUAUUUUUGGAGAUUUGUUACUAGGAAGUUGGUCAGAGCUGGUACUCUUCUAUAUGUUGUCCACUCUGUGUUGUUACCUUUGAAACUCCUUGCUAUCAUUUUACCCUUUCCCCAGAUCUCUAUGAUUUUUUAGCUCCUUAUUUUAAAGAAUGAUAUAAACUUGUUGUUUUUUAUCAUUUUAUUCUGCCUUAGCAUAACUGAAGAUUAUAUCUGCCACUUUUUUCCUUUUUUGUAAUGUUUUACUUGUGGAUAAUGAUUACUUGUGUAUUAUUAAUUAAUAUGUCAGGUAGUGUUAUAUACAAUACUAAGUGACAUACAUGGUUAUCACAAAUACGAUUUUCUACCAAUCAAGAUGCCAUUGAUAUACAUGUAGAUUCUAUGUAUUUGUGGUGAAUGUUCAAGAACUUGUUUGAAAUGCAAAUUGUUUUUUUAAUGAACAUUUUUGGAUUUCUGUGGAAUUUGAUGAAACAUUCACCGAGAAGCAUUGACAGAAAAGACAAUUUUUCUUCUGUAUAUGCCACUCAAAAACUACCAUUUUGUGUAUCUCUCUAUGGCUAGCACAUUUGAAGCUAAAAAUCUACAACUCGACUUGAAGAUACAAAAUGUGUAAAGAGAUUAGACAUAUUUUCUGUUACAAGCAUGACUUGGCACCAUUUCUUGUUCUGUACGUAUGGGACUUUGAAUAGCAAUGGGUGCAUCUGUACUUAGGCCUACGGAGAAGGGAUGAUGUGAAACUGCACCUGGACUAUGUAUUUAAUAAGUAUUACUCUUGAUAGGUAGUAUUAUUACUGGCAAAUCAGUUUGAUUCUUUGUUUUGUAUCAGUUCUUAAAGAUGCUAACAUUAAAACUUCUAUUUCUAUUUUUUGCCACUGCAUCUUUUCUUUCUUUUCUGAUUAUGUUUGAAGGGGAGAAAUUCAUGCCUCUUGAUUUCAUAUUGCUAUUAGUGAAAUUGUUCAUAGAUAUUCACAAAUUAUAUUUUAUUUUAUUUUGAACAGAAAGUAAGAAAGAAAUUAUAACUAUGUACAUGUACAUACAUGAAAUGUUACGAACAUUUCAAAACAAAAAUAAUAUAUACACUUCUCCUUUUUGUACAGUUGAUGGUAUGUAUCUGAUAAUUUAUUUGUUGACAUUGCAUUCAUAUAAAAUGUGCAACCUUUUGACCUUGCCAUAGAAGUACUAUAUAUUAGUCCUUGUACAGUUGUCUUUAUAUGUACAUAUCUCAUUAUAUAUUGGUGUGCCCAUCUAUUUUCCAUUUUGUGCUGUGAAAUCAUUGUGAUGUUUUUGACCCUGCAUGCAUUGCUUAUACAAUGAGAUUUAUUUUAUAUAUACGAAUAUGUAUACAUCUAACAGUCAAAUUUGCAAUAACACAUUUUUUUUUAAAAAUAGAUUUCUGUUAAUAGAGUUUAUGAUAAAAAUGUGAAGAGAUUGUUUUUAAUUGAAACUGUGGCCAAAAAAUUCUGUUGAAUAAAACUUUGUCUUUUGGGGGAAGGGGGGGGGGAUUGGGUGUUGUAUAUGAAUCAAAUUGCUUAAAUUCUUUACAAAAACAUAGGGUUAAUGUAAUUAAAAGGACAUAUGCAUAUGUACUCUCAUUUGCAUAUACACAGGCUUUGCAAACAACAUUUAACCCCAAUUAUUUUUUUUGGCAAAUAGUCAAUACUUUUGUAAAUACUUUAUAUGAUACCAUGUGCUUAUAUCUCCUUGGUUUUGUGUAGAAUGUCUUGUAAAUAGCUGUGUUCUAUGUUGUAUACAUAUCUAAGGAUAAAAUAUUUGGAGAUAUAAAAUGAUAGAAUGUGUAGGAUAUCCACUGUUUGUGUGAAAUAACUCAACGAUUAAGUGCAAUAAUGAAUAUGAAAGUUAAAAGUUUCUCUGCAUUUCAUUUAUGAAAAUUUGGUCAUUUCUCCCCUAAAAUUUCUCUUAUGAAAAUAUGGUGUACAAAAGACUAUAUUGUUGCUGAAAUUAUUCAUUGCUUUAGAUAUCAGAUGUUUUAAUUAAACUAGGUUGUAUCAUUUUAUCUUGGUGAGUGGAAUGUUUGUAAAGAAUAAAAGAAAUGGAAUUUUUCUUAAAGGGGCAGGGGUUGGGUUACAAUUUCGGCAGUUGUUUGAAAUCGGAUUAAAAUUAACAGGAUCUUGAAUAAGAAUUAAAUGAUUAGAUGGAUGAAUCACUUUUUUAAGUAUCAAUAUAUUAUGCAUACGAGCUAUCCACACGCACACAAAUUUACUACAUUUUUCCCCCCAAUUUCUUGUGCACAUGCAGGGUACACUAUUAUCAUGAGAUCAUCUCAUUAAUUUCAUUAAAAUGUGCAUUACAGCAAAAAUAUGAAUGAUAUAGAAAGUAUAAGAUAUAUCAUAUGUUAUUAUUUUCAUUAUUUAAUUGUGAUUAAAAUUAAUAUGGCAUGGUUAGUGCUUGUUAUUUAUUUAAGGAGGCAAAACAAGUUAGUUUUUUAAGUUGAUUUUGCGAGAUAAUUGGUUUGAAUGAGAACCAUACCCAUUAUAAAUAGGUAUUGAUAACAAAUUAAUUUAUUUCUCAACAUUGUUGAUGUAUUGCUUUUACAUUUUAUUAGCUCUACUUUUGUUUUCACUUUCAUUUGACACCUAGUUUCUAUUUUUAAUUUUUUUCUCCCCUUUUAAUGAAUUGUUAUUUUUCAUACUACAGCAUGCGUAUAAUAAAGUUAAGUGUGAUUAAUUUUUUUCUUGAUAAGGAAUGAUUUUGUUUUGCUGUAAAGAAUAAAUGUUAAUUUCUUGUGAGUUUAUAAAACACAUAUUCUUAACUGGAAUUUUUAUUAGUGAUAAUUAAGGUACUUUGUUUUUGUUUUUUUUCUUCUUCAAUUUUUUCAUCAUGUUACUUGAAGCUCAUACAGUGUACUACAUUUGUCGCUCUUGUAGGGUGUAGUAAUUUGUCUGUUUAUUAAAGUUCAGAAAUAAAUUGUUGUUUUAUU